AUGGAUUUAUUGAUACAGCCGAAAAGUCGUGGAAUCCGAUACGAAGGUUACGACAACGAUUUCAUACAGUGUGUUUUCGAGGAUUCAAAUGUAUCCGGUCGUAAUGAACGAUAUGAAUUUAGAUGUCGACCUGAUUUGGAAUGUUGUGGACGAAUAUGUUGUAUACCUCAAGAAAAUAUAAUUCCUCUUUGGUUGAUGAUACUGUUUAUAAUAUUAGGAUUACUUCUUCUUGCGGCUCUUCUCGGUACAAUGAUUUGGUUCCUUAGGAAAAUCACAAAGCAAAACAAACCUUCGGACAAAGUAAAGAAAACAAAGACAAUCAAUUAUCAACCUGUUGCAUUGGGAUAUCGUUCAUACAAGCAAAAUGAAUCACAGGAAGGCCUUGGUACGGAAAAUUUAAUCCGAAAAGAAAAGGAUGAUUUAUACAGUACACCAAAUGAUAAUGGAACAUUACGUUCAAUGCGUGGAAGACAUGGCUACCGUAAUCCAUUAUAUACCACUACUACUAGUACAGUAAAAAUACGCGAAACAUUUGAUCGAACAAUUGAUGAUGCUAAUAAUUCAUAUGAUAAAUCCGGAACUGGUACAGAUACAGGUAUCGGUACCGGUGGUGAAAUAACCGGUCGAUCAGAAAUAACUGGGAAUAAUGAUAAUCGGAAGCAAUUAAAUACAGCAGGAAUAAGACGUAAUGAAUAUCAAAUAGCUGAACCAAUACCAUUACCAAAUACAAACAGCGGGCAAUUCUCGGGCAACUCAUCGGGACAUUAUUCAACUCGAGAAACAUUUGAGGAACGAUGUGAAGAGAAUUAUAUUGCAGAGGAAGAAAAACCGUUACCGUAUGCUGAUACAAAAGAAUUAUUAUAA